UUUUAAGACUGAGAUCGCGAGAGAGAGAGAGAGAGAAAAGGAAAGAGCCAAAGCAAAGCAUGGACGAGGAGGAGCACGAGGUCUAUGGCGGCGAGAUCCCCGACGAGGGCGAGAUGGAAGGCUAUAUGGAUCCUCAGGGCGCCGACGUUGACAUGGCCCGCGCCGACGAUGACUCCGUCAAGAUGCAGGAGUUGGAUGAGAUGAAGAAGCGGCUCAAGGAAAUGGAAGAAGAGGCUGCCGCGCUGCGCGAAAUGCAGGCUAAGGUCGAGAAGGAGAUGGGAUCCGUCCAGGACCCGGCUAAUGCUGCUGCCUCUCAAGCAAAUAAGGAGGAGGUUGAUUCUCGUUCGGUCUUUGUUGGCAAUGUUGAUUACGCAUGCACACCUGAAGAAGUGCAGCAGCAUUUCCAGUCAUGCGGAACAGUGAACAGGGUCACAAUUUUGACCGAUAAAUUUGGCCAACCAAAGGGCUUUGCUUAUGUUGAAUUCUUGGAAAUUGAGGCUGUUCAAGAGGCUCUCCAAUUGAAUGAAUCUGAACUACAUGGUCGCCAACUGAAGGUAUUGGCCAAGCGAACCAACGUCCCAGGAAUGAAGCAGUUUCGUCCCCGGCGCUUCAAUCCAUACAUGGGUUACCGAUUUAGGAGGCCUUAUGUGCCACCAUAUUUCUACUCACCUUAUGGAUAUGGGAAAGUGCCCAGAUUCAGAAGGCCAAUGCGAUACCGGCCUUACUUUUAAAAAAUCAGGUGGUGGUUUUUAACCAUUAAUAUGAGAACUGAAUUUAUAUUCUAGGUCAUUGUCCCAAAUAAUCUUCAUAUAAAUUGAGUGACAAAUAUUAGCAGGCCUAGUCUUGUGAACUUGUUGUUGGCAGGUGUAUCACCAUUAUGUGCAACUGUUUGUUUAUUUCGUCUUUUCAUCUUUCUUGUGGUAGCCUUCUUGAACUAUUUAGAAACAGCUAAAAAGAGAAAAAAAAUUAUUAUGUGAUAACA